AUGGAAGACAGCUUCUAUAAUGGCGCCAACAAACAUUAUGAAGGAAACUCUAUAGGACCAGCAGCAACUCAUUUCACAGUCGAUUUCCAAGACCCGGGUGAAAUCAAGCCGCCUAACAAGAUCUGGGUUGGACGUGCUGUUUAUGGUACCAACUCGUACAACUGCCUUACUGAUGAUGCAUUCGAAUACACGGACGAUAAAUAUGGGAAGUGCUAUUCCUACGCCCGGUGUGUUCAAAAGGAUGCCCUCCAGGUUGCAGUUUCCGCAUCCAAGGACAGCAUCAGAGUCAGCGGCCUCCCACCAGCAAACGAAAUCUAUGCGCAUCUCUCGGAAAGAUAUAACGACGCGACGCAUACUUGCGAUCCCACUCCCGUCGACCUAGGCGUCCAAGGGUGUAAAGUCCACUUUGUCUGCAACGACAACAACGCUGCAGUAGCCCAGGACCCCGCCGUUCUCCCAGCAUUGCGAGAACAGAUGACCAAAUUCGGUGCAACAGCUUUGUUCACAACGGAAGUGGUUAAUGAGCAGGUAAUGAAUGCUGGGUGCACACCUGCAUGCUGGAAUACUGUCGAACGAACCUAUCGCACAAUGCCAACGUUUGCUCAAAUCAUCGCUAGAGCCAUACCCCAAGAUAAUUCAAGGUUUGGUUACGAAGUAUCGAGGAUGGAAGCACAUAUCAAGUGUGAUCCAGAUCCAGGAAAUGAGGCCUUGUGUGGUGCUCUUGGAUCUGUCUUCAGUCUUCUUGGCAUGCUUGUAGUGCUACGAGCGGUUGAUGAGCCAGGAAGGCUUGUCUACGAAGGGUUCAUUUCUCAAGAAUUGCUGCUAAAGGAACCCUAUUGUUUCACUGUCGUAGAUGCAUUCUUCUUCAAACAACUGAAUAUUCAAUUAAAUCACAAAUUGAAUGAUAUGCUAGAAGAUAUCGAGGCAAUUUUACGUUCAUCUGUAUAUCACGCUUCCGUCAAUGACCAUUCUCAUACUCAUCAGAUUAAUCCACAAGGCCACCCCGGCUUCCUCUUGCACUACCCCACGGCCGCUAUGAGCCUAUCAUGCUUCGAGCACACGUCCCCAAGCAACUUGAAGUUGCAUUUAGUGACCACGUUGGACACCACGCAGCGUAAGACGGGGCUGAACGGCUUGGGUGAUGUAAAUGUAGAGAAAGGGAAGUUGAAGUACGAGCCAUUUUGCAUGCAGAUAGAAGAGGGUUUAGUCCAGUCGCAUUACAACUUUCUGGGCAGUUCGAAAGCAAGCAGUCGUAGCUACGUCGGAAGUAAGCUACUGAUCAACCAAAUGAUAUCAACAACAGGCCCUGUCCAUACAGAAGCAGGCGUAACGCAUGUAUCCUAUUGUGGGCCUGUUAGAGACGGGCUAUUUAGCUGCUGGGGUAGUGGAACGGGUGGAGGCAGCAAUGAAGGAACAGCAUUGCUUGGCAGCAGUGUGAAAAGUGGUCACUGGGUUGAAGAUCAAGCGGCUAGAUACCGUUUAUGUUGUCGUGGGCGAUGCCCAUAUUCCGUAACAACUACUCAGGCCACACGAUACCCACAUUUUGCAGCGAUUACAGAAUUACGAAUUCUUCCAACGAGCGCGAAGGUUAUAAUACGCCCAAAAUACAUGCUAGUAGGAAAUGGUGGAGGUGUCAACUCGGCGUCUGAGGUUAAUUUAAAUGAAGACAAAGUUCCACAUCGCCGCCUCCGGAGCUGCAGUAGCGAGAAGCCCGUGAAGGGAGAAUGGAAGCUCAAAAUGGUAGUGCCUCCCGCCCCUCAUAGAACUCACAUUCGCCUCUAUGGAAAAGGGUCGGAUUGUAAAUUAUACCACCAUGGAACGAGGCCGUUCUGGCAGAGCAGGGCAGAGCCCGCCGACACAAACCCUUCGUUCGUGAAGGGUAGAGAGAUGCAGUCCAGCAUGUUGGGGUACGGCAUUCCCCUAGUAAUUGAAGGUGGGUUCACUUGCAGUUCACAUGAUAACAAGAGUCCAAGUCCUCCGAAUGGCUACGAUACGCAUAUUUGGGGGGUAACGCUGCCAUUAAUUAUCUUAGCAAUAUCCUUCAUCCACUUGAGCAAGAUCGCCUCCCCAAGUAGUAUAAGUGACUGGGUAGGAGUGCAGAAGAAUACUGCUAAACCUGAAUUGAGGGGGAAGAGGCUGAAUUCGCGUCGGUCAAAGGGCCAUGACGAAGGCCUAAAGAGUACUUCUCGAAGCUUCGCCGAUAUAAGGAAACAGAAUCAGAAACAGAAAAUGAGGAAAGGGCGCGAAAGCGCAACACUUCUCUCGAAAAUGCUCUAUUUUCUCACAGGGCGUAACUUCCAGAACGCGUACGGCAGGGAGCCUGAAAACUAUCAAUCCUCCAGUCGAUUGGAACAUCGAUUGACGACUUGUCGCCGACCGACCGACGAUCAAACAGGACGCAGCGCAGCCCAAUGUGGUGGCGCACCUGUAUUCUGUGGACCAACAAAUCGCAUUACUCGCGGCUAUCUGAAACCCCAAAAUCGCGUGAAGAUCAAUAAUACCAAACACCCAUCACCAGCUGCAUAUGAAAUCUGCAAAAGUUGUCGAUCUCCAGCAACCAUAUCGCAUAAGAAAAUCAUCGGCAGUACGCCUGACUAG